AUCGAUGGCUUUUGUUGCAGUCCAUGGAGGUGCUGGUUCGCACAAUACUUCAACAGAUAAAGGAAUCAAAAAGGCACUCCGAGAGGCUUGUCGUGUUGGUCUUCCUCAAACUCACGUUUCAGUAUUGAAUAUCGUCGAAUAUGCAAUCAUAGCCUUGGAAGACGACCCAUGUUUGAAUGCGGGAUUCGGUUCCAAUUUGACUUUGGAUGGAACGGUGGAAUGCGAUGCCAGUCUUAUGAAUGGAAGCAACGCGUUUGGAGCAGUGGCCGCUGUAUCAGCUGUCAAAAAUCCAAUUCGUCUCGCCAGAUCUAUCUUGGACCACUCUCAGAAAUCAGAUCCUCUGGGUCGCAUACCACCUUUACUCCUUGUAUCGGAUGGUGCUCGAGCUUUCGCCAUCGAACACGCUAUCCCAACCGUUUCGCCAGAGUCUUUGGUGUGCGACAAAGCCAAGAAUACUUGGUCGCGAUGGAAGGAGAAGCAUAACAGUGGUAGUAUUUCUACUACUGAUAUUGGCGAAAUACACGCGUUGCAAGACACUGUCGGUGCUGUCGCGGUCUGCGGGGAUGCUGUGGCCGCUGGUGUUUCCAGUGGUGGACUACUGUUAAAAUUUCCAGGUCGCGUCGGUGAGGCAGGCAUCUUCGGAGCAGGAUGUUGGGCUCAACGGUGGGAGCGCUCUUCACCCAGUUGCUUUAGUAGACAUACUAUGGCUUGUAGCGUCUCUGGCGCUGGCGAGUAUAUCACACGCGCUUCCUUAGCUCGCUCGCUAGGAAGGGCCAUGGCACGCAGCUUUGAAGAUCCACAUGAUGUUAUUCGUCAUGUUUUGGAGGAGGAAUUUUGGAUACCUUCAAAGAGACUGGGGGAUUCGCAUCCGAAUGUUGGUAUUUUAUUAGUCACAAGGGAGGAGGAUUUAUCUAGAACAGUCGUUCGACUAUGGUGCGCGUUUACAACACCAAGCAUGGCAAUAGCCUUUGCUUCUACGGCUAACCCGAGUCCUAAGGCCUUUGUUCUUCGACAAAACUUCGCAUCAGCAGCGGAAGAUGAUAAUAUGCCACUUUUCAUCACCGCUUACAGUCUAUAAUCACCAGACCGUUGGUGUUUGCACGUAAUUAAUCUAUUUGCGUGCAGGAAGUUCAGGAAGUGGUAGUGGUUCGAUAUCAUCCGACUAGACGUGGCCAUCAUCGUAACCAUCUGCCACUCGUGUUGCUGGACGCCAACUUCUUGGAUGCUCUGACGGUCAGAGAAGUUGGUGGUGAUCGAGAACGCUUCCUUCGGAGCCGACGUUUUCCCCGACGAAACUUUAAGCCAUCUUAUCCAUAUCGUACUUCCAAUGCAAAGAAAACGAAUUCAGGAUCCGCCCGCCACCUGGUUAGAGACGAUAAAGGAACGUAUCGCGCUCCGGAGUCGACAAUCGACCAGAUCGAUGGUUGAAUCGAAGUCGAGAAGGUUGAGCACGAGCCUCAGGUUUAAGAAGGCGCCAGCUGGCUGGGACGCCUCACUGGCAGCGGAAUCUCCAUGUAAAGCUGACCUUGAGCUAGUUACUCCCGGAGGAAAUUUUUAAUGCAUAAUCUCACACUACUACUGUUAGCAUUCAUUGUUACUAUUCAGGACCUGAA